AUGUCCACUCAAAAUUCCAUUAGUACUACGACGACGUCGACUCGUCAAACUUCUUCACGUCGAAAAUGGUUUAUAGAUUUGCAAAUGCGUAAAAGUGAACGUUUAGCUGUUGCUAGUGCAGCAGCAGCAGCCAGCUCUGACAAUACGUUAGCACCAUCACCACCACCGACAACAAUAGCUGCUGCAAAUACUCCUUCAUUAUCAAAUGUUGGUUAUAGUGAACAAAGAGUAGAAAAUUUAGUAUCAAACGAUGAUGAUGAUCGUUUAAUAGCUAGACGAUCAUGGGAUAUUGCAUUGCAACCAAUAAAACAAUUACCAAUGAAUAUGAUUUUUGCAUGGAUGGCUGGAAAUACAUUUUCUCUUAUGUCGAUUAUGAUUGUUGUUAUGUUAUUUAUGAAGCCAAUACAAUCUAUGUUUUCUCUUGGUUCUGCUUUUGCAUCAUUAGGACAAGAGGGUUUAUCUGGCAAUAUAUGGUUACAUAAAAUCAUCUAUCUUUUGGGAAAUUUAACACAUUUAGCACUAGCUUUAUAUAAAUGUCAAUCGAUGGGUUUAUUACCAACGUAUAAUUCUGAUUGGAUUGCAUUUGCUGGUCAACAAGCUCAAAUGGAAAUGACUAUUGGAGGAUUGUCUUAUUCCUAA